AUGAACAGUGCAUCGGGCGAAACAGACCCGGCUCAGGUGUCACAAGCAGUGGACGCCCUGGCACGGUCGAUUCUCGCGCAGAGAAUCGCAGCACACCAGAAAAAACCAGAAAGGAUGCAGAAACUGGCAUCGCUCAAACAGCAGUUUGACGCCCUGGUUCACGCCGAACAAGCCUUUUCCAAUCGCCACCCAAUGCCUGCUUUGCGCUUGGACGCCGCAAAACUCGACGGCGAACUGCACGAAGGGCUCAAGACCGUCGCGCUCGAAGGUACCCAGUACGUUCUUCUCCCGCUUGUGCAGGGUUUGGGUCCCCAAGCAUUAGAACAUACGGCAAAAGCACAAGCAGCAGUGGAGCCGUCGUCGGCUCCAACCACCACCGUCAAGACAAAUACCAAGAAAAAGAAUAAGAAGACCAAGCUAACUUGUUCUUACUGCGACACCCCGGGCCACACCAGGGCUCAUUGUGAAAAGAGGAACCUUAAGCCCGUGCCCUGA